GUUAUUACUGUCCGGAAAAAAAAUCCAGGAAAAGUAAUUGAGUGGAAUGGAAGGAAACUGUGAAUUCCUGACGAAGGAUUGGCUUCGCGACGUUUUCGAAACUAAUGGAGUGUACGGUACCGGUGAAAUUGUGAAGUUCGACGCGUUCGAAGUCUCUCCCGGAUGCGAAAUGGGUGAAGGAUUCGUCUGCGCCAUUUUCGCGUGUCAUGCCGUCAUUGUCGACAAGCAGGAUAAUUCCAAGACAUGGGAUUUGAUUGUGAAGACUCACACGACGAAUCCGGCGAUGAAGAAGGAAAUCGAAGAAACUGGGAUGCACGAAAGAGAAAUAUCUUUUUACCAGCAUGUGGUACCUGCGCUGGAAUCCUUGACGACGGAACCAUUGCCGAUUCCGCGCAUGGUUUCCAUUGGGGUCGAUGAAAAUCGGUCCAUUGUUCUUCAAGAUUUGCGCAAAAUGGGGCUUGUGAAAAUCCCCUGGGACAGAGGCAGGACUUGUCGGGAAAGCGUUGGAAACCUGUUUGGAGAGUUUGGCUCUUCUACACGCGCUACCGAUUGCUCUGCGUCUGAAGAACGAGUGUUCUUUGAAAGAGCUGUUCCCAUUCAUACCGAAUGCUGGUACGAUGCACAAGCAAUACGUCGACUUCAAAUACGUUGGAACGCGUUGGAAGAGUAUUUGUUGAAGGACGCAUCCGGUGUUUCUGAAAUAAAUGAGGGUGCAGCUGUAUACGAGAAACUGAAGAAGUUCGACUCGAUUGGAGAAGCAAACUGGCGCCAUAGCUUUUGGCUUCCAUUGCAGACCAUUUGUCACAUGGACAUUUACAACCGGAAUUUGUUCUUCCAACCCUCAGAUAACCCGAAAAAUGAAGGGGAUGAAGAGGGGAUGCACGUGAAAAAGUGCAUAGUUUUCGAUUGGCAGCUUGUGGAAUCAAUGCUACCUCAAGAUGACCUUGCGUUAAUGUUCCUUCUAAACACUGCCAUUGAAGAGGCUGAGCUGCAGAAUUCACUGAUAUUUUAUUGGAAGUUAUUCUGCAAGCAUCUCGCGGAUCUUCAGGUGAACAUCGAGACACUGGGUGAUUUCACUUUGGAAGGCUUUGUGGAAAGCUUUGGUGAGUCUUUGAUAAGGAUGAUGAGGGUUUGGAUCGGCUGCGUGCACAACAUGCUGAACAACGAGCCCUCUGACAAUAGAAAACGAGAAGUACUCUCCGAAAUAAUGGUGAAUCAAGUGCCUGCAUCUAGAAAUGAUGCAAUUUGUUACAUAUGUGGGAAAGAUGCGGCAAGGAAAUUGUCGGUUCAUUCGGUAUUGAAAUCGUCCCGCGAUUUGACUGUGAAAGACUUCUUAUUGUCUUUGUCAAUUCCUUUUGGAUGCGCGAUUGACCUGGAUGAGAAUCGAGGGUUCACCUGUGGUCGCUGUUCGGAUAUCAUCGAGAAGGCCUUUUCUUUCAAGCGGAAAUUCGAACGUCAGUGCAAUGAACUCAAAAAGCGGCUUGAUUCUGGAUUGGAAGGCGUGACCUAUGAUUUCGGCGAUGACUUUCAGAAGCUGAAUUUAUCGGACUUCCCUGAAAGCCUCGGCGAGCCAAAAGUGGAGGAGAAUUUAGAUGAACUCGUACAGGAUGAACUUGAACUUAAAUCCUCCCUCGGAGAAACUGUCGGAUCCAAUUCCGCGUCCCAAAGCAUCAACCUUGACCGCUUCUCCAUGUCCUCCAUUGCCGAUUCUGUGGAUGACGUAAGUGUGUCAAAGGAACGCAAAAAGGCUCGCAAGAAACAGAAGAAAGCUCGGAAGUUCUCAUGUAUCGCUUGCGGAAAAUUCUCCACGUCUACAGCGAGCAAAUUCAAAAAGCAUUUCCGCUCUGCGCAUCCCGGAGUCAAAGAGCUUCGUUGCGUCAAAUGCGGACGCGGAACUUGGCGCGAAUGGAUGGGGAAGAAACAUGUUUGUUCCGGUGUCAAUUCUUUGGAUGACGUGAACCUGGCUUCCUGCUUACGGCCUACGAAGACGGUGAAGACGAGGGUGGUUUAUUCCCAAGUGGAAAGUCAAUCCAAUCCUGUGGAGUUCGACGGGAUUUUAUCCGGUUCUUACGUUGAAACAAUCCGGUCUGAAGAGCGCACGGAGCGAUAUUUUCUCAAAGCCAAAUCGAAGAUGAAUUACAAUCGUCCCAAUCGUGUCGCUUCGCAGCGCAGCCCAGUGAAUUGCCUAGUUUGCGGCGUUUUGUGCUCAAAAACUCGGAAUCGAUCGAUCGGUGCGGCAUUGAAGCGUGGGGAACAACUUUUAGGCAUGUUCUUGGUCAACACGGGGAUCCUCGUUGCCGAAGAUGUCUGUGACUUUGGCUGCCUUUGCGCGUCCUGCAUGGCGAAGGCGUCUGUGGGCAGUUGGUACGAGGAUAUGUUCAACAAGACAGUCGAGAGCUUGAAGCAGUUGAAGCGGGCUGCUGCUGGCAGGGCGAAGCAACAGGAUGAUGGUUCCGUGAUUUUCAAAGAUGGCGUCGAGAUGAUCGAAGUGUCGAGUGGGCUAGUCAAAGAAGAACUGAUGGACGAGUCGCUGGAUUUGAAAAUCUCCGAGGAUGCCGCCGCGUUGGAGUUCGUGGAUUCCAUUGUUGGAAGCGAAGAAUUCGACCUGUUGACUGGAGUGGACGCCGAAUCUCCGGACAAUUCACUCUUGCAUUCCCUGGAGACUGACGUCUUAUCGUCGGACAUUUUGGACGAUUCCCUGUGUUCAGCUAAUUUUUCCAUACCAUUCACCUUGGAAGAACCAGCAGCUGCUGCGAACACAGAGCCCGUGUCGAAUGUGCUUCAGAACAUCUGGCCGUGUCCUGCGUGUGAUCAGAAAUUUUCGAAGGCCGAAUACGAAGACAAAACAUAUCAGAAGCACAUGUUUUCACAUUGGGCGGAAGUUGUGCCUGCACCGAAAGCCAAUCAGAUCGUGUCUCUGGAAUCACCGGAACGAGCAGAGAGUGUCGUCAAGACGAAGCCGAGAAGGAUUAAGCAGAGGAAAUGCCCUCAGUGUUCACACGUGUCUAAUUACAGCAGCAGUCUCCGGUAUCACAUGAAGACUGCUCACGCCGAGUCUUCGGCGUAUUCCUGUGAGCAUUGCGAAGAUACGUUUCGGUCCGAGUCCGCGAAGAACACACAUACUUUAAAGGUCCACUUGAAAACGUCCAUGUACCAGUGUUCCCAUUGCGACAAAGAGUUCUUUUCCGCCUCGGGAUAUAAAUGCCAUCUCAAGAGCUUGGAAGAAAACGUUGAAAUGCGCAUCUGCGAUCAAUGUGGUGUGACCGUGCCGGCGUACAAGUUGAAGAGGCACGUGUUGAAUAAACACGCGGCCAAGCGAGUGUACCGAUGUGAACAUUGCGAGAAUGUGAAAUAUUCACACAAACGGCUCAUAAGAAAUCAUUACGCGUCAGUCCACGGAAUUGGACAGGUGCAGCCUCGUCCGGAAGUCCCUAGGGUGUGCAACAUUUGUGGGAAAUCGAGCAAUCGACGGGAAUGUUUCGUGGCCCACAUGUUCGAGGCGCAUGGAGUUACGCUGCCGCAUUUGAAAGAGUUCACGUGUCAGAUUUGCGGGAAAAAAUUCCACAACAAGAACUCGUACAAACGUCACGAAUCUGCACAUAAUCAGAAAAAGUACUUGUGUCAGAUUUGUCCGUAUGCGUCUGCGUAUCCUUCGAACCUCAAUAAUCAUAUCGCGAGGAUGCAUAAGAAUUCUUCAGAUGCUUCUGCAUCUACGACAUCCUAAUCCGUGAUAUUUUUUGUGUCGUUGUUUGAGCUUUAAUUGUUUUUGAAUAAAUAUUAAGAAAAAUAUUUUAAAAUUUCGCGAAAAAGAGCUUAUGAAUAUUUUAUACGCUUGGCGAUUGAUGAUAUAAAAAAUUAGAGUGC